UUGAAGAACUUUAAUGUUUUGAGAUAUAAUGAUGAAACAAAGAAGCAAGAUAGUUUCCCUGUUGCUGUGUAUGUGAACUUAGACACAGGAGAUGACAUGAAAGUUUUUAAUACAAAGCUUCAAACGGUAGUGAGAGAACAACUGACUGCGGAAGGGCAUCCAUUACCUUCAGAAGUUACCAUAGCAUAUAAUUUUGAAACAAACUCAAUAGAUUUUAAAGUCAUCUCUGCAAAGAAGUCGGGAUUUACAUUUAAUGAAGCAGAUGUAUAUUCAAAUGAAAACUUCAAAGCUAUUGCAUGGUUAGAUAAUGACGAUUGCUUUAAGAAAAUAUUUAAAUUCAGUGACUCAACGAUGUCAAUAGAUGACCUUCGUGGAAUGUUACCAUCGACGUUUACAGUUGAAGGUUCAGCAGGAUUGCUUACAAGAUUGUCAAUUGGUGGCGUUUGGUCUCGUGAGAACAUUGUUAUAAAAUCCAGUAUAAGUGAAUUUGCUGAAGAAUCUAUAUUAUGUCUUUCAAACUAUAUGUAUUCGCCGCCGAAGCAUUAUAGUAUAACAAACUUUGUCAGUAAGUUUAACAUAAGACUUGUUGAACCUUCUUCAAUGAAAGAUGUUGUGCUACCUAAAGAUGGAAAGGAUGGACUCAUUAUUGAGAUGAUUUUAAUUGCAUAUUAA